GUGAGUUGGGAUGCUGUAGCGCUACCGCAGUGAUCAGUGAGGGGGAUGGCGCGAUUCCGCUCGGCCUCAUCCGACAUCGGCAUCCUGAUCGACACGGACUCUGACUCACCACAGCGCUCUGAACACGGACAUGUUGCUCGCGCGAGCUCCUGAUCCUGAUGAGGACCGCACACCCGCUUUCCCCAUCCCCUAAUUCAGGAUCAGAGGGGACGAAGCCAAGUGCCGCAUCUCAUAACACGCGUCGUAUCGAUCCUCUUUAACUGUUGCCAAAAGCAGACACGUUCCAGGAUGCUUUUACCUAGACUACAAUCCAUUUCUGCCAAUUCACAUAUUGCUCUUGGAUGACCAGUGAGCAGUGAGUGUUGUCUCAGGAUUCUGAACUAGAAUGAAUUUAGCAACGGCCCAUGAACAUUUCAUUAGCACCUCUUCCAUAACAAGUGUUUCAUUUACUGCUCGUCAUUAUGUUCAUGACUCCAAGGAACUCUAAAAACAAAACACCUCAGUAUAUAUAUAUAUAUCCAUAUACGUAUUAUGCACGGAAAGUCUGCUGUACUGUGCAUGUACUACUGUGAAUGAUGUGUAAUUAUAAUACUGGUUUUCAGGCCAUCAGUGUUUAAUUGAUUUACGUUGAUGUUCCACUGUUUACAACAAGCUAUUUUCCUGUCUUCGGCUGUCAACAUCAGAGCAGUAUAAACGCUGUGUUGAAAACGACGCCCUGCUGUUAACACACCAUCGGGGGGAAAAAAAACAACCAAAACAACAUUAUACCCAGCAAGAGUAGCUAGAUACUGCUCUAGUGUUACGUUUUGAAAAUUUCCCAUCGCGUUCCCCACUUCCUGCUCUCAGGAUGAGUAGCAAGUCGGACUCGGAAGGCGUGCUCUACACGGUGGAGGAACUAGAGUGCAAGAUAUGCUAUAGCCGCUAUGAUGCACGUGCUCGCAAGCCGAAGUUACUGGCGUGCCUGCACCGUGUCUGCGCUCGCUGCCUGAAGAAGAUGGCCGAGAUGGAAUCGUCACCUGGCACUGUCAGCUGCCCAUUCUGCCGCCAUCAGACGCAUGUACCCGAUGAGGAAAUCUGGCUCCUGCAGGAUGACAGUAAUAUCCUGGCCAUCCUCUCUUACCAGGAGCGAGUGAGGAAGAGCGGAUCAAUGCCUGUGGGUGAGGUUCUGCUCACCCCAAACAGUCUAAGUGGAGAAAUAGGAACAGGUGGGGAAGGAGGUGGAGGAGAGCAGGCUCACAGUUCCUCAGACUGCCUGGUCAUCACCAUCAUGGAGGUUCCAGGCGAGUCAACUUCUCCCGACUCCACUGGCAUGCUGAACAUGGUGCGUCUGUAUCGGCCGGCUAGCUUGGACUCGCUGCCGUGCCACGUGCCUGUGCAGAAGUGGCGAGCGUGGACGUCACGCUCUGUGCCGCGUUUUGUCAUGGGCUUCCUCUGCCUGCUAUAUUUCAGCUCGCUUCCCCUGGGCAUAUAUCUGCUCAUGAUUCAGCAGCUCACACUGGGAGUGAUCCUGGUCAGCCUGGUUCCCUCCACCCUCGUCCUCUGCGUGUUCUACGGCUUCUGUCAGUGCCUGUGCCAUGAGAUCAUGGAGGCCAUCGCCACAUAGACACUUGAUAGAUUGUGUGUGAUUUGUCAGUCUUUAGACAGUGUGAACCAAGCCAAAAUCACAGAUCUGUUCAUUCUGCUCUGACUGCUCAUCUACUGUUGCACUGGAAUAUACCAGCAUUUAAAAGUGAACUUUCAACCACCUUCAGUUCGGGCAAUACAUACAUCUGAAUGAGCAGUUACACCCUGACAUCCAGUGCAGGUUGUUUGUAUUGAGCUACGGCUGCCUCAAUUUGCUGUUGAUUUGUUUGUUUGUUUGUUUGUUUGUUUUUAUUCCGUACCUGUUAGCUCAGGCUUAACAUGACUGUGAUCCUUUUACAUACCACUAAUAAGGGAAUGAGAUUCAUAUCUAACAUGGAAAUUAUGGACGUUGUUCCAUAAUGUAAAAAUGUGUCCUUCCUACUUUUGACAAUCCAUUUGUUGUGUAAAAAAAAAAAAUAUAUAUAUAUAUAUAUAGUCUCCAUAUAUUUGUCACAGUUCCUAGUUGCCUUUGUAAGGCAUGCAAAUUCCCAAGCUAUAUUUUAAUGUUGUAUAUAUAAAAUACUGUGUUUGUCAUUGCUAUGAGAAUGAACAAAUGCCUUCAGAUCAUCCGAACUGU